UAGACGAAAAAAAUAAGUAGCUAACUGUAAAGAGCUACUUUUAUUCUACACCGAAUAACUCAAAGUUUAAUUUCGCGUGUUUGUGUUCAAGUGUAGGCUAUCCUUCAUGUGUAGCCCAAACAAACAAGUAAACAAACAUGUCAUUACGGUAAUUGUUGUAAUUUACCUGCAUUAUCUCGCAAGUAGACGUCAGUGUAACUGACCAAUUUGAUAUCCCUAGCUAGGCGACAUUGACGCUGCAGCAACCAAAUUGGAUUAAAACUGAAAAAAGUGAAUCAUUUUAUAGACAUAAUUAGUUAGCCUACUAACUAGCGUACACAUGUUCUUUGCCUCAGCGCAAUUUGACAAAGCAAUAGUUUCUACAUUUGAUCGUGUAUAAAGUUGCGGUGCAAGUAGGCUAUAAGAUGUAACAUUGUUUGUACGUGAUCUAGCCUCAUUGUCGCUUCACUGAAAUAUCUUUCGUUUGUAAAUGAGUAUGAAGACGAGGAGACCGAAUGCUUUGGGAUUUUAAGAGAACCCUGACAUGUCUGGUCCUACCUGGCCGCCUCCAAAGACUCUGGGUAGCCCAGUGAGACCGGUCCCUCGAAUGUCCCAAUCUGGACCAGCCGUGUACAGACAGCUGCCCAUGAAGGUCUCCUCGGACACCCGGCCCAAGUAUGUGGUCCAUGAUCAGAACAGAGGAGGAGGCGGAAUGGCCACUAGGUACUUGGCUUCUGGACCCACAGCUGGGCCCAUGCAGCACCACCACCAAGAGGACCCAGGGUUUCACCCUAAAUCUAAUAACCACUACUACCAACCACCCCCCCACCAGCUCAAAGAAGACCAAUCCUUGAACCCUCACAUGGACCGCUACCAGCUGAUGCACCGCUCCAACAUCGAUGCAGAGAUUGACUCGCUCACCUGCAUGCUGGCCGAUCUGGACAGCCAUCCACAAAACAGCGCACAGCUGUACGACAACGUGCCUUACGACAAACACAUCUCAGGGGCCUGCUACAAAUCCUCAGCCCAGCCAGGAGAACCCUCUCAGGGCAGGCAGUCCAUGGGAUUCUCCCCUCACCCCCAAUCCCAGUCCCAGUACCCUCCUGCACCCCCAUACCCCAGUGGUCUCCAGUACUUCCCUCAGCCAGACUACACCGACGCCCAGGUAUCCAAACGCUACCCCCAGCCUGUCCCUGCCCCCUACACUACCGCCUCCACGCCUACUGGCCCGAGGUUCAGUGUCCAGGUCAAAACAGCUCAGCCUGUCACCAACUCCCAGACUGUUAGGCAAGCCGAACAGGCUUACACCCCUCCCCCACACCGCCAGCACGCGUUGUGGCCCCCAUCCCAGAAUCAGACUGGCCCCCUGGGCUGGUACCCUCCACAACCCGAUUCCCAAGCCCAGGAGCUGCACUCUGAGAAGGGUUACAAGGGGAGUGAUGCAGGGUCUGGAGGGAGAGCUACCCAGUGCCCCAUGUCCAAUAGAGGCCCAGAGACUCAUCGAUCAGGGUCAGGCUCGGCACCAAGCUCCGCCUAUCAGCCCAGUAAGCAGGGGACAGCAGCUCUGAGGCCAGAGGAGGAGUUGGACCAGCUCACUAAGGAGUUGGUGUAUGACAUGAAUCAUCCCCCUACAGAAGAAUACUUUGGUCGCUGUGCACGUUGCGGUGACAACGUCCUUGGCGACGGCAGUGGCUGUAUUGCCAUGGAGCAGGUGUUCCACGUGGAGUGUUUCACUUGCAUUACCUGCCACACUCAUCUCCGGGGGCAACCGUUCUACGCCCUAGGCAAGCAGAGCUACUGCGAGAGCUGUUAUAUUAGUACCCUAGAGCGCUGCUCCAAGUGCUCCAAGCCCAUCCUGGACCGUAUCCUGCGGGCCAUGGGCAAGGCCUACCACCCGCGCUGCUUCAACUGUGUUGUGUGUGGCUGCUGCCUGGAUGGUGUACCGUUCACCGUGGACGCCACCUACCAGAUCCACUGUAUAGACGACUUCCACAGGAAGUUUGCCCCACGCUGCUCAGUGUGUGGCCAGGCCAUCAUGCCCGAGCCUGGCCAAGAGGAGACGGUCAGGAUAGUGGCGCUGGACCGCAGCUUCCACGUCAACUGCUAUGUGUGUGAGGAGUGUGGUCUGCUCCUGUCGUCUGAGGGUGAGGGGCGAGGCUGUUACCCCUUGGACGGUCACAUCCUGUGUAAGGGCUGCAGCGCCCGGCACAUCCAGGACCUCUCUGCUAAAAUAUCCACUGACUGCUAACCAACUAUGGAAAGUCACAUCUUACCUUUUAACCUAUGACCCCCUCAACCCUUUCAUUACUUUCACCUGCUUUACGUAGAAGUUGCCGUAAGGACCAGAUCUGGAAUCAGUUCUACCCUUCUUUGACUCAUAAUCUUAACCACAAGGGGGAAAUGUUAACCUGACUUGAGAUCAGUGUCGAAGGGCAUCUUCAUCCCCCUUCACUUUUAUCCUCUCAUAGCCUUUCUUUAUACUUCAGAUGCCCAAAGCUGUGGAAUCAGUAGUAGUUGGCCUACUAUUGAACCUCAAUCUGACAGUCUUCAAUGUGAAGUCAUUAUUUAAUUUCCCUUGACCAGGUUUAUUUGUACAGGUUCAAGACAGGGUAUUGAAACAUGGAUUGACAAUAAGUUCGACCCCUAUCCCCUUCCGUAUCCUCUGCUUUACACUAUCACCUAUCCUCUACAUUCUCUACCCAUACUCCCUUUCCACCACACCAUAUCCCCUACCCCUCAGUCCCAUAGCAGUACUGUAUAGAGCCCCUGACCUGCAGGCAGCAGGGGCUGCACUACCCCAAACCCUUGACUCCACCAUUGCUCAUCUCACACACUAUCCUGCAUGUUGCAGCUGUGUUUGAAUACUCAUACUAACCAUACUAUUUGUGACGUGAAUUGUCUAUAUACUAUGCUUAUUGGUCAUAGUAUGGAUAUAGUUAGUAUUCCAAACGUUCCUGUAUGUCUUACUAAAUGGUAUCUUGUACCAAAAUAAGAAGUAAUCCAGUAACCGAAAGGUUGCUGGAUUGAAUCCUCGAGCUGACAAUGUAAAAAUCUGUCUUUCUGCCCCUGAACAAGGCAGGUAACCCAUUGUUCCCCUGUAGGCGGUCAUUGUAAAUAAGAAUUUGUUCUUAUGUGACUUGCCUAGUUAAAUAAAAAGUCAUUACAGCAGUAUAUUCAGGCGGUAUGUUAAGCUAGGCUACUUAUACAUUCGUUGCCUACUUAUACAUCAAACUUGCCAGUAUCUUAUCUAUAGGCUAUCUAACUACCCAACGUUUAUUGACUUGAUUAUUCCCGUCAUUCUUAGUUUAGUUAAAUGGUAUAGUCGUUGGACAUUCGGACGCUUUCUUAAAUUCUCUCGUCUGAGUGUACCAGCGCAGAAUAAUUAAUGUACUAGCGCUCAACACCUGUUGAAUAUGGCCGGUGUCAGUAAACGUCGGCAAAAAAAAACGUACUUAAAUUGUUGCCAGGAGCACAGUUAGUCACUAACGCUCUGGAUAACAUGAACACUGCAUAAUCAGAUCUGCUAGGGCGAGUAAAUGGUCAGUGGUUUCAUUUGUCUGGAAGUAGCCAACGUUAGCUUGGGGUCAGAACGCUGAAAUAAACUGUACUCCUCGUCCUGAGCGUCCAGUGUGCGCUCAGAGAGCGGAAUGCUCUGAAUUUACAAGCCCAGUCUGGCACUCCAUAUUGAGUUUAAGAACACACCCGAAGUCGUAAAACGUCUUAUCUAGUAAUUUAUGCAAACUAGCUAGUAUGAGGUUGUAUAUUAACAUUCACAACUUCCGGUAGACAGGCGAAGCGCUAGUACUCUCAACUGUAAGGAUCUCAUUUCGUUCACAGUAUACUGAAAUUAACUAAUCGUUUGUAGUACUCAUCAUGUACUAUACAGUAUGUUAGUAUGGGUAUUUCCAACACAGAUCAUGUCUCACACACGAUCCUGCAUAUGUUGCACACUGUCUCACACUAUCCUACCAGACACAGGUGGGACAUGAAAGGAGCUCUAUGGAAAAUAAUGAUUGAUAUAUAUUGACGAUGUGGUGGAUGAUAAGUAUGAACAUUAGGUGAUAUUGAGGAAGAGUAGGAUAAUGAUGAGGAAUACAAUGUCUUCCUUGCUGUGGGGUAACUGACAAGUCCAGAUAAUGGAACAUAUAUUUUGUAUACCACUAAAGUCAAUAACCGCGCUGAACUGCCUCAUAAACAAAGUGCACAUAUGCAAAGUAUUUCUGUGACUGAGUUUAUAUUGCAGGUGGUUUUGGUUGUGGAGUGAAUGUGUUUGGAGACCUUUCAUUGGAGACCAAGUGGGUGUAGUCAGUGUGUUGUGCAGUGAAUAAGAGUUUUUAGAAAGUAGACGUAAAGAUUGGUUAGAGAGAACAUGAUCAUUAAAGUCGAUGCUUUAAUCUCAUUGGAUGUUAAUAACGUAUUUUUUAAAUUUAAAUGCAACCUUUUUUUUUUUAAAAUUAGGCAAAUCCGUUAAGAACAAAUUCUUAUUUACAAUGACUGCCUACCCCAGCCGAACCGGACAACGCUGGGCCAAUUGUGAGCCGCCCUAUGGGACUCCCAAUCAUGGCCGGAUGUGAUACAGACUGGAAUCAAACCAGGGACUGUAGUGAUGCCUCAUGCAGUGCCUUAGGCCGCUGCGCCACUCGGGAGCCCUUAUGCACUGUAGCCCGUCAUGUAAUGGUAUUUGGCACCACAUGUCAGAACAUAACAUCAAUAUUGUAUUCCCCAGGAUAGCGUUUUGUAUAAUGAUAAUGGUGCUGCAUUUCAGAGAAUGUUACCUAGUAUACUAGUCCAAACCCCCUCAUUUAAAAUGUGAAUGUGCUUUUCAAAUGUUUUUCCUUUUUUAAUAUUUGGGUUGAUUUGAUGUUACAAUGAAGAUGAAUAAGGUGCAAUGAAGUAUGCUUGCCAAUGUCUUACAGUUUCUCAGUCGCUUUGGUGCAUUUUUCACAUCAUCCCUAACAUGUGCAAAAUAAUAAGUGCAUUUCUCAGAACAAUUUGUACAAACUGCAAUAUACAAUAUUUAUGUUUCUAAAGCUAGUCAGUCACUAAAAAUCCUUAGUACAUCUCAAAAGUAAAUAUUCAUGCCAAUGAUCAUGAGAAUGAUCAUCAGAAUGUUGUCAUUGAGUCAUUGUUCACGAACAAGGUCGUCAAAAUGUUUAGGCAUGUUAAUGUAACUGUACUUUGACAGUAUUACCUGAUGUAAACUUAGGCUAUAGUUUGGAUGACAGGUACUGUAUUGAAAAUGCACAAGGCUGCACUUCUAUAGCAUAUCAAUUUCAACAGUACUAUUUACAUAUUACUGUAUGUGGGUUAUUGAUUGAAAGAGACUGGACAACCCAAUGGGCACAAAUGAAAAAAAACUAAAUUAGAAAGAAACACAGGAAACCACCCCUUAGGCACAACUUUGCCCGCAGCACAGUUGUGCUGUCUCUACACAUCCAGACGUUCCUGUCUGUCGGCCCACAUAUUCUCAUCCACAUCACACCGGAUAUUUUCCCUUCCAAUGCAACGUGGAAAGAAUCUUUUGGAAUGCCUUAUCCAUUCUCUGCAGGAAUCUACUGUGUUGUCCUCACAUGCUGCAUCCAUUGCAGCCAGCAGGGUCAUCUGUGUGUGUGGCUGACGAUCGUACACCUUCCACCUCCAUGCUGAAAAUAACUCCUCAAUUGGGAGGAAUUCUAUGAGCAUCCUCGGGUGGGUCACAAACCAUUGCCUUAUGAUGUUUGAUCGAUGGAAACUCACAUUAUCACAAAUGACCACAUACUUUGGCAAAUCCUCUCUAAACAGACCCCUCAUCAUCAGGGAUGAGAGCCCUGUAGAGAGUCUUUAAAAAGUUGAGUAGAUGCUGGGUGUUGCAUGGCCCUAUAAGGGGGAAAUGGGUUAGGACACCAUGCUCCGAAAUAGCAGCACACAUGGUGAUAUUUCCUCCCCGUUGGCCUGGCAAAUCCACAGUAGCUCUGUGACCGAUGAUAUUCCGACCCCUCCUUCUGCAUUUGGUCAGGUUGAAGCCAGCCUCAUCCACGUAUAAAAAAUUGUGAGAGGGUUCACUUGAUUCCAACUCCAUUAUACGCUAUAUCCCAGAACACACAGUUGAAUUUGUUUUGGUAAGGAAGAGUGACAAAAUGUACAUAUUGCAUGUUCCUUCCACAGCAAUGGAAAUGUGUGCAGUUUAUGCUUACUGUACUUACUGUGCUUAAUGGUCCUUUGUAUUUCCCUGAGUCUCAUGGCAUUGUUUGCUAGGACCAUGGUGCAAAUAGCCUCCUCCUGUUGAGGUGUGAAAAGGCGUCCUCUGCCACCGGUUUGAGGUAAUCUUGCAGUCCUAUGUGGGGAAAAAUGCAGUGAUGCAUCGCACACUUUCACAUAGACAAAAACUAUGCGAACACACAUUUUACUGUAAAACAUACAGGUGGAUGCAUGUAAGGUGCAGUAUGUAUCUGUAUAGAGUAUAUUUCUGUAUGCUGUGAAAUACAAGUGGACUACUGUAAUAUGAAGCAUUGUAGGAAGUAUACAGUAUACUGCUUAUAUACAGUAACAGUGCACUGUACAUUGGACAUACCUGUUCUCUCUUCGAAACGUUUGAACUAUUGAGGACACUGUUGAUCUCCCAAUAUUCGGCUGCACCAUUCGACCCGCCUCAGCCAUUGUAAGGCCAUGAUUGACAACAUGGUCUACAAUAGUGGCCCUUAUGUCAUCAGAUAUGCGCCUAUGUCCUCUUCUGUCUCUUCCUCUGUUUUGCCUUCCACCACGCAUCCUUGCUUCUCUUCUUCCUCCUCUUGGCUGUUGACCCUGUUCGUUUCCUGGUCCAUCCAUUAUUGGAAAAUUGCAACUCUGUGUUGUGGUCUGUCUAUAUAUGCUUGCCAAUUGAUUCUUCAUGAGAUGCACCUGUGAGCUAUUUAGACAACUGGUUGAUAGUUCAACCAACAAACACUUUACAUUUCUUCAUGAGUGAGGGUCAAUUUCACCUGCACGAUUCAUCCAUUCAAGUUUUUGUACAAAAGGUCUACUAGAAAUGUGUAAAACUAUGCUUGACAGUUUAUGACAAAUAGUUUGUUUUGCAUGUAAUGGCUUAUGCAAGGAACUAAUGCCUAGAUGUUUUGAAGGGUAAGACUAUUCAACAGAGAACCAUCUACUAUAUUUUGAUCAACAUGACAGGAGCAAUUGAUCAUGUGGAAAAAAGCUGACACUUGUACAUUAUAUAUUGCAAUUUGUUCAAAGGAAUAAGAAAUUGCUUUAAUGAUGUGCACAAGUGACUAGAUGAUUUGGAAUUUGUACAAGUAGUAUCAAGAAUUGCACUUUUUUGAUCUAAGAAAUGCACCAAAGAGACUGAGGAAAAACUGUAAAAACCUAUUAAGCUCCACCCCCCCAUUUUCACCUAAAAUGACAAACCCAAAUCUAACUGCCUGUAGCAAGGAUAUGCAUAUUCUUGAUACAACUUCAAAGUAAACACUUUGAAGUUGGUGGAAUUGUGAAAUUAAUGCAGGAGAAUAUAACACAUUAGAUAUGGUAAAAGAUAAUUAAAAAGAACAUGCAAGUCUUUAUAUAUAUUUUUGGUUCCAUCUUUGAAAUGCAAGAGAAAGCCCCAAAAGUAUUAUUCCAGUUUAGGCUAAAUUUAGAUUUUGGCCACGAGAUAGCAGGAAUGUGUGUGCAAAGUUUUAGACUGAUCCAAUGAACCAUUGCAUUUCUGUAUUUAAAAAUAAAAUACAAAUUAAGGUCUGCCCAAA